AAAAAAACAAAAACAAAAAAAAAAGAGAGAAAAAAUGGCGAUGGAGAUCGGAGAAGAUGAAUGGUUGGUUUGCUGCGGAAGCUCUGAUUUCGCGAAGCUGAUGGUGAAAACAGCUCCGUUUAACUCUUUAGAAACAGCGAUCGAGACUGCAAGAGACAUCUGGUUCAACCAAGUGAAUGUUACAGCUUGGCUUGAAGCCUUCGCUGCUCAUCCUCAAAUUGGGAAUUCUCCUUCACCUUCUGACAACUCCGAUUUUGCUCGUCGGAGCGUAGCAGAGCAGUCCACCGCCUUUGCCACAACUUCUGCUUCUGCCUUAGAGGAGCUUUCCGAGUGGAAUGCACUCUACAGACAAAAGUUUGGCUUUAUAUUCAUCAUUUUCGCCUCCGGCAGGACUCACUCUGAGAUGCUCGUCGAGUUAAAGGGAAGGUAUGAAAACAGACCGAUAGUGGAGCUCGAGAUUGCUGCUAAGGAACAAAUGAAGAUAACAGAGUUCCGCAUUUCAAAGUUGUUUAGCGAUAAGGCUGAAGUUGUUUCACAAACUGAGUCAACAAAACCUCAAGAAGAUCGUCUGAGAAUCAUAGGAGGGCAUUUGAAUGUUGAAGCUGAAGCAAAAGUUCCCAAGAGAAGCAGGCCACCCAUCACGACCCAUGUCUUAGACGUCUCGCGUGGUGCUCCAGCUGUAGGUGUUGAAGUGCACUUGGAGGUGUGGAAUGGUACUACUAGUCCUUCUUUUCGUCAUGGAAGUCGUGGGGACUGGUCCAUUGUGGGAACUUCAGCUACUGAUAAAGAUGGGCGUAGCGGGCCAUUGAUGGAUUUGGUUGAGGCUUUGAAUCCAGGGACAUAUAGAAUAAGCUUCAACACUGCAAAGUAUUGCCCAGGCGGCUUCUUUCCUUAUGUUUCCAUUGCAUUUGAGGUUACAGAAUCUCAGAAAUGGGAGCAUUUCCACGUCCCGCUGUUGCUUUCACCAUUUUCUUUCACCACAUACCGUGGGAGCUAGAGCUGAUGCUGCACCCUGUCUUCAAUACAUUUGGUUUUGGGUGGUACCGUUACUGGACAUCUAUAAGAAUUGCUAUAAAAUAAAAUCUUUAUUUGUGUAUUUCUUUGGCUUUUGUGAUUAUGUAGAAUCGACAAUGAAUUAAGAAACAAGCAAAAAUGUUGUGUUUUGAUCUAAACUCCAUUGUGAUCAAGACAGUAAUGGUUGUUUAUAUUAUAUUUACCA